AUAAACAAACGCAAAGGAUCUUAAAUUGACAUACGUGUAUCCUCCAAUGAAAGACAACCACGUAAGACCCCAACUUUGACAUCCUUGUUGAGUUCACCAGUACUUGGUAACCUGUUUUGUUGGAAACUCUUCUGAAUUCUCUUUCUCUUCCUUCACCGUCUUCUUCUCUUCACAUCCUAAUCACUUCUCAACUUUCUCUUCAUUUUCUCUUUACUUUCUUCAAUCUCACUUCCACCAUGACAUCCAUUAUUAGCCUUAACCAACAACCCCUUUUGCAUCUUUUACUCCUACUUCUGAUGCUGUUUUCUUCUUCCACCGAAUCCCUCAGAUUCGAACUCCAAUCUGGUGCAACCAAAUGCAUCUCUGAGGACAUGAAGAGCAGUUCCAUGACAGUUGGCAAGUACUCCGUCGUUAAUCCCAACGAGGGUUAUCCCUUACCCGAUUCCCACAGAGUCACCGUUAGGGUGACUUCGUCUCAUGGAAACAACUAUCACUACGGAGAUCGUGUUCAAUCGGGUCAGUUUGCAUUUCUUGCAGCGGAAGCUGGAGAUUAUAUGACUUGUUUUUGGGCUGUGGAAAGCAAACCAGAGGUGAAGUUGACUAUUGAUUUGGAAUGGAAGACUGGUGUAGCAGCCAAGGAUUGGUCCAAGGUUGCUAAGAAAGGGCAAGUUGAUGUAAUGGAAAUAGAACUAAAGAAGUUACAAGAAACUGUUACUUCCAUUCAUGACGAGAUGUUUUUUCUUCGUGAAAGAGAAGAAGAAAUGCAGGAGCUCAACAGAAGAACCGACAACAGAAUGUUCUGGUUGAGUUUGCUAUCACUCUUUGUCUGCUUGUCAGUAGCUGGGUUGCAACUAUGGCACUUGAAGUCGUUCUUCGAGAAAAAGAAAAUCAUUUAAAAUUAUGAUAGUUUAUUUUAUAUGUGCUCUUGUAAAAUAUACCGGCAUUAAUUUAUCCAGAGGAUCCGCAUUAUGGUAGAGUCAGUUGUUAAAUGCAAAUCAGGUGUGACAAGACGAGUUUCAAAGGAAUUGAUGUAGUGCAAUUUGAGGGUUAAGCAAGAUGUGUUCGGGUGAAAUUGCAAUUCUGCUCUGAUCUAGUGAGACAAUGAUAGUUUGCCAGAAAAUAUCAUUUCCUUUCCUGUCUUUUUGCCUCUUGUUUAUUUCACAUCCCAAGUGUGGGAGCAUAAUUUUUCAUCUAAAUAUGAAUUGAGCAAGUUGAAAAGCUGUUUUGUUUUGGGCUUACUUCUUUAAUGGAUUAAUAGUUAAGUAAUUAUAUUUUCCUUGAAGCUGAACUUAAAUAGAAUUUGGUGUUAUGAGUUUUGAAUC